AUGGCAGAGCCCUCGGGUGUACCAAUGCGACAAUGGGCCGCCGAAAUUCCUAAUGAUGGACUCAUUUGUUAUCGUGGCUUCUUCAACCAAGAGAGGGUUAUGGUAUCAUCACCCAAAGCAUUGGCCGAAGUACUUGUCACCAAUAGCUACGCUUUUCCGAAACCCAGUCACUUUCGAUGGUCCAUUGGCCGUAUCCUUGGAGUCGGCAUCUUACUUGCGGAAGGCGAAGAGCACAAGAUGCAGCGCCGUAGCUUGACACCCGCGUUCGCCUUUCGUCACAUCAAGAACUUAUAUCCCGUCUUUUGGCGCAAAGCCAGAGAAGUGACUAGAGCAAUGAUGGCAGAGUUCAAUCAACAGGAAGAGACCAAAGUUGAGAUAUCCGGUUGGGCAUCGCGAGCGACACUCGAUAUCAUCGGCGUUGCUGGGAUGGGACGGGACUUUGGCGCCAUCAAGAACCCGGACAACACACUCGCUCAAACAUACAGCAAGAUUUUCAAGCCGUCUCGCCAAGCCCAGAUCCUUGCUCUUGUUGGCAUGAUCAUUCCCAUGGAGUUUAUCACCAAGCUGCCUUUCCGACGAAACGAGGAUAUAUCCAAGGCUGCAAGCGAUAUUCGGGCAAUCUGUCGAGAUCUGAUCCAGGAGAAGAAGGCAAAGAUGGCCAACAAGGAGCAAGCUGACGUUGAUAUUCUCUCUGUGGCGCUUGAGAGCGGUGGUUUUACUGACGAGAAUCUGGUCGAUCAGCUCAUGACAUUUCUCGCUGCAGGACACGAGACAACAGCAUCAGCCAUGACUUGGGCAAUCUACAUGCUCUCACGAUAUAGCGAUAUUCAGACCCGGCUUAGAGAAGAGGUACGCGAACGUUUGCCAUCAGUGGAUUCGGAUGUCGAUAUUACCAGCCUCGACAUUGACCGCAUGCCAUAUCUGAAUGCAGUAUGCAGCGAAGUUCUUCGAUAUUACGCCCCUGUACCUUUGACGAUGCGCGAUGCCGCAUACGACACUACCAUCCUGGGCCACCCAAUUCGCCGCGGCACUCGAGUUGUCAUAGUACCCUGGGCAACACAUUUCGACCAUGAUCUUUGGGGUCCAGACGCAGACCAAUUCAACCCAGACCGAUGGCUCUCAGCAGAUGGAGAAAAUGGUGCCGAUCGCAAAGCCGCAAGUGGGGGAGCGAGCAGCAACUACGCUUUCCUGACGUUCUUGCAUGGGCCGCGAAGCUGCAUCGGGCAGAGCUUCGCAAAGGCAGAGUUCGCUUGUCUUCUGGCAGCAUGGAUCGGUCGGUUCGAAUUCUCGCUGGCGAAUCCGGAAGAGAUGGAUGAGAAGAAUGUGGAAAUUCGGGGCGGUGUAACGGCCCGGCCCGCUAAAGGGAUGCACGUCAAGGUUAAGGUUAUCGGCGGAUACUGA